AUGUCGCAAUCUAUCCUCGUCACAGGAGCCACAGGUAAACAAGGUGGCGCUCUGAUCAAGCACCUCAUCUCUCAACCUCAACCUGACCGAUACACUGUCCUCGCCGUUACUCGAAACAUCAACUCUUCCAGUGCUCGACGUCUGUUAUCAUCAUCACCAUUUAUCAAGCUCGUUCAGGGUGAUCUGGACUCUCCUUCCGACCUAUUCAAGUCCGCUCUGAAGGUCUCGCCCAAUAACAAGAUCUGGGGUGUUUUCUCCGUCCAAAUUGUCUCUUUGAGGGAAUCCGAUACAGCUACCUCGACAGAGGUCAAACAGGGUACGAGUCUUAUCGAUGAAGCUCUCAAACAUGAGGUAGAGCAUUUCGUCUAUAGUUCGGUAGAUAGAGGAGGAGAAGAGAAAUCAUGGAACAACCCUACGCCUGUACCGCAUUUCAAAACUAAACACCUCAUCGAGCAACACCUCAAGAAGUCUACCGAGGGAACUAAGAUGGGAUGGACGAUCCUUCGACCAGUCAUAUUCAUGGAAAACCUCGUUCCCGGCUUUGGCGCCAAGGUAUUCCUUACCGCUUUGAGGGAUACGAUGGGCACCAAAACGAUGGGUUGGAUAUCAACUUACGAUAUUGGAUUCUUUGCUGCUCAAGCGUUCCUUCAGCCUGAGAGAUACAAUAGAAAGGCAUUGAGUCUCGCAAGUGAUGAAUUCAACUGGGAAGAGAUGAACGAGAAGUGGAAAUUAUCAACUGGAAAAAGGGUACCGACCACGUUUAAUUUCCUAGGGUCAGCCUUGAAAGUGGGAGUGAAAGAGAUGGGAGUGAUGUUGGAUUGGUUCAGGGAUGAAGGAUAUAAAGCAGAUGGGGACGAGUUGAAGAAAGUUAAUCCGAACAUGUUGGAUUUGAAAACUUGGCUGGAGACCAAGAGUGAUUUCGUGAAGAGAUAG